AUGGUGACGGAGAGGCGUGGGUCCCGGUCGAGGAGGAGCUUGGCAGCCUCGACAGUGGAGACGAGGUGGCUCAGCCCGGGAGAGGGGAUGAACACCAACUCAAAAUUUUCCAUCACCAUUCUCCAAAACAUCGUCGAUAAACCGGCCCAAAAACUCAUACGACGAACCUCCUUCCGACAUGACAGCCCGACUCGUUUCACUCAAAGCCCUCACCUUAGCCCGCCGGCCCUCAUUCUCUGUGCCCAUCAACUCCCCGACGGCCCUCUCUAUCCUGUCGGCCGGCACAAUCACGCCGCUAUCCCUCUUGUAAUCCAUCUUAAUCUCGACCGCAAUCCCGAGCUCCGUCACCAGCUGGAACGCGUUCGCCUGCUGCUCGGCAGCCAACGGCCACACGGCCAUCGGCACCCCACACCACACACUCUCGAGCGUCGAGUUCCACCCGCAGUGCGAAACAAACCCCCCGACCGCUCGGUGGGCCAGCACCGCCACCUGUGGGGCCCACCCGAUCACCUUCCCGAAGCCCGAAAUCCGCUCCAAGAACCCGUCGGGCAAAAACUCACCCACAUUCUCAAACUCCCCCGGAAACUCGAAUUUUCCCUUUGGCGCCGGUUUUCGCAACGACCACAGAAAUCCGCACCCGAUUCUCUCGAGCGCGGCAGCAAUCUCCCGCACCUGAUCCGCGUCGAAACUCCCGCGGCUGCCGAAGCAGAGGAACACUACCGACGAGUCGGGUUUCUCGUCGAGCCAUUUCGUGAUCUCGUCGAGCUCUUUAUUGUCCUCGUUCGAAUAUUGGAUGAUGGGGCCCACCGGAUAAACCGGCGGGAGAUUCACGAGCGCGCGCACCGCGCGCGGCUCGAGUUCGAGAAAAGUGUUGACGAUAAUACCCUUCGUCUCCCUGAACUUCCUAGCGAAAUUCAAGAAAAUGCUCUCCCCGUCGAAAACCAUUUCCGGCCACACGCGCACGGGAACAGGGGAACCGUACGUGGGGACGGAAAUCGAGGCGGCCUCGUCCGAAUCCUUGUACUCCUUGAGGUCUCGAUUUUCGAAAUCGACGAGUCCCUGGAGGUGGAGAAGGAGGCCGAGGCAUGA